AUGGCGUACAUCUACUGUUCUUCAGCUGGUGUUUAUCUGAAGUCAAAUAUAUUGCCACACCGUGAGGUGGAUGCAGUUGACCAGAAGAGCAGGCACAAGGGGAACCUGGAGACAGAGAGCUUACUGCAAUCAAAAGGUGUCAACUGGACUUCUAUACGUUCUGUCUACAUCUACGGUCCAUUGAACUACAACCCCGUUGAAGAAUGGUUCUUUCACCGUCUAAAAGCUGGUCGCCCAAUCCCAGUUCCAAACUCUGGGAUUCAGAUCUCACAAGACUUGGCAACAGCCUUUUUCGCCGUGCUUGGCAACGAGAAAGCCAGCAAAGAGAUAUUCAACAUCUCAGGAGAGAAGUAUGCUGGUGGGUUUCCAGAGCCCGAGAUUGUUCACUACAACCCGAAAAAGUUUGACUUUGGGAAGAAGAAGGCGUUCCCUUUCCGUGACCAGCAUUUCUUUGCAUCGGUAGAGAAAGCAAAACAUGUUCUGGGAUGGAAACCAGAGUUCGACUUAGUGGAGGGCCUCACUGACUCAUACAACCUUGAUUUUGGUCGUGGAACUUUCCGCAAAGAAGGGGAUUUCACUACUGAUGGCAUGGUUCUAAGCAAGAAGCUUGUUCCUCCAUCCUAA